AACCUCUGAUGUCAUUACGUAAUAGACGCCUAUGUGGUUGGCUAGCAAUUUCCUGUCGCUCCUGCCCAACUAGCGGGCUAACAACAACACAAGUGACUAGCAAUCGAGGCGAAAUUAUCAAUCGUUUAAAUUUUCUUUAUACCCAACAUCGAUGUAACAUUUCAUGCCAUCACUGUUUUAAGACUUAGCUAGUUAGUACGCUUGCUUACUUGUUAGACCAAGUAAGUAAACGUUAGCUAACUGUUAGCGUUUCUAUCAGAAGACUGCAGUCAGAAAUUUUCUACUGCAGUUAUGAUGGCGUCAAGCUACAACGCAAAGGAGGAAGACGGACAUCACUCUGGGGCCUCUGGACCAGGUGGAGCUGCAGCGAAAAGCAAAAAGCCCGAUAAUACAGCUUUCAAGCAGCAACGAUUGCCAGCUUGGCAACCGAUUCUUACAGCAGGCACCGUUCUUCCUGCAUUCUUCGUAAUCGGUCUUAUAUUCAUUCCUAUCGGAAUCGGUCUCUAUGUCACGUCAAAUAACAUCAAGGAAUUCGAGAUUGAUUACACGGGGAUUGACAUGUCCAGUCCCUGUUUCAACUGUUCUCAGAACUUCAGCUGGAAUAGCACUAAACCAUGUAAAUGUUCUCUUCCCUUUUCGCUGGACCAACCGUUCGAGAGUAAUGUCUUCGUGUAUUAUGGCCUGUCAAACUUCUACCAAAACCAUCGCCGUUAUGUGAAGUCCAGAGAUGACAGCCAGCUCAACGGAGACCUUUUCUCUCUCACGCAUCCUAGCAAGGAAUGUGAGCCCUACCGUACUGGCAGUGACAAUAAGCCAAUUGCCCCAUGUGGUGCUAUCGCAAACAGCAUGUUUAAUGACACUCUGGAGUUGUAUUACAUCGACCCUAAUGAAACCAGAACACUAAUCCCCCUGGUGAAGAAAGGGAUUGCCUGGUGGACAGACAAACAUGUGAAGUUCAGGAAUCCUGGAGGCAACAACUCCAACCUCACGGCCAGUUUCCAAGGUAACUCUAAGCCUGUGAACUGGAAUAAACCAGCUUAUGAGCUGGAUGCUGAUCCAGAGAACAACGGCUUCAUCAAUGAGGACUUCAUUGUCUGGAUGCGUACAGCCGCGCUCCCCACUUUCCGCAAGCUGUACCGCAUCAUCCAGAGGAAAAACAACAUGACUCCCACACUGCCCCGUGGAAACUACACCUUGGAGGUCACCUACAAUUACCCUGUACGCAGCUUCGAGGGCCGCAAGCGCAUGAUCCUCAGCACCAUCUCCUGGAUGGGAGGAAAGAACCCCUUCCUGGGCAUAGCUUACAUCACUGUGGGCUCUGUCUGUUUCUUCCUGGGCGUGGUCCUGCUCAUCAUCCACCAUAAAUACGGCAACCGCAGCAACAACUCUGACAUCCCCAACUAGAACGCUUCAUCGUUUUAACAACAUUAGUGUUCUGCAUGUUUGUCUGGCUGAGGGCAUGGUGAAGAAAGACUGUUGUUAUGCAAGCUUUUGCCAUUGUGCGUGUGUGUAUGAGUAAGCUUAUGCCAUUGUGCGUGUGUGUAUGUGUAAGCUUAUGCCGUUGUGUGUGUGUGUGUGUGCGCAUGUGUGUGCGCGUGCACGCUAUUUGGGUUGUCUGCUUGUGUAUGUAAGUUGAUUGGAUGUCAGAGGACUAAGAAAUAGUUUAACUUGGAAGUGUAUUUAUUUUUAUUCUGAUUAUUGCAUUAUGGUGUAUUUUGCUAAUGUCGUAUGCUUGGAAGGAAAUGCUAGGACCUCCCCUCUGAUAUUGUGCUGAUUUUUACUACUGAUUGGAAUGCUCUAUGUCAAAAACAAAGCAGGUUAUUUACAAGGGUUAUUUAAGAUAUUGCCACUAUGAGAAUGUUAUAUUUGGAUCUUCUUACUGGUGUUCGCAACAAGAGAUGUGCGCAGUUGAAGUUAUUUUGUGCUAUAUGAAUACAUGUUACAUUGUCAGUUUACAGUAUAUACACAGCAAUGGUCAGCUGGGCCUUUGUUAUCAUCCUUCGGAGAUUGGUUUUAUUACUUUGUACAUUUUUUUAUAAGUCACAAGCUGUUACUCUGAUUGCGUGGGUGUACAUAGAGUUAAUUAGGUUUGUUUUAUGUUAAGGGUCCCCAAAGAGAUGUAUGAUUUAUAUAAAUAUUUUCAAAGUAGAAAGAGACUUUAAAAUCAGAAAGAUCAUUUGAAAUUGAAGGUCUCGCAUGAAGAUUACGUGCCCUUUUAUGUUUAUUUUAUAUUUUUUUUCUCUUCACAAAAGGGCCAGGGCCUAGUUUUUACUUUUCACAAACAUUUUUGCACUUUCUGAAUUGCCAUAGAAUUAUUUUACUCAGUAGGCUGACCGUAAAAAAAAAUGUCUGUUACAUCAGUGUGCAAAUUAACCUUUAUGUCGUAACACAAAUAAAACACAACGGAAUAA